AUGUGGCAGCGGACACAGCCUGGGCCCCGCGCGCCCUGGCGCUGGACGCUGACCCUGCUGGCCUUGGGCGGCGCGGGACUGUGCCAAGCUAGCCCGCAGCCCGCGCGGCCCGGCGCCAGAAACAAGAACUGGUGCGCCUACAUCGUGAACAAGAAUGUGAGCUGCUCUGUACUGGAAGGGAGCGAGAGUUUUAUCCAGGCUCAGUACAACUGUGCCUGGAACCAGAUGCCUUGUCCCGCCGGGCUGGUGUAUCGAGUGAACUUCAGACCCAGGUAUGUCACUAAAUACAAGACAGUGACGCAGUUGGAAUGGAGAUGCUGUCCUGGGUUUAGAGGGGGAGACUGUCAAGAAGGCCCCAGGGAUUCCAGGAAGAGCCCCCGCCCUACACCUAGUCAGCCUCGAAACAACAUGAAGAAAGCCACAGAUAACGAACCAAACCAAAUCCCAGGGCCCAAGAGGACUUUGUCGCCAACUCGUGCAGCCGAGCCAAGUCGAGGAGAAGAUCCAAAGCAGGGACCUCAAGAACUCCAGGAAAAGAAACUCCAGGUGCUUGAGGAGAAGGUUCUCCGACUCACAAGGACAGUCCUUGACCUUCAGUCUUCUAUAGCUGGAGUGAAUGAAAACCUCAAACAUGCCACCCAGGAUGAUGCCAGUAAAACACUGGUAUCGUGGCUCAGCAACCUGCACCCCCACCCAUCACCUGACAGUGCUGUUGGUGGAGACCCAGCAAUAGUCCAAUUUCCUGACAGUAGCAACCAAGAAUCUGGCAUGAAGGACAUUCAGUCUGAAUUGGCUGAAGUCAAAGACACUCUAAAGACCAAGAGUGACAAGCUGGAAGAACUGGAUGGGAAAGUGAAGGGUUAUGAAGGGCAGCUCAAACAACUCCAGGAGGCUGCCCAAGGCCCUACAGUAACCAUGACGACCAACGAACUCUACCAAGCAUAUGUGGAUAAUAAGAUUGAUGCCCUGAGAGAGGAACUAAUCGAGGGAAUGGACAGAAAGAUGGCUGAUUUGAAGAACUCGUGUGAGUACAAGCUGGUUGGUCUCCAGCAGCAGUGUGACGACUAUGGGAGCAGCUACCUGGGUGUGAUAGAGCUCAUAGGGGAGAAGGAAACCAACCUGAGAAAAGAAAUAAAUGAACUUCGAGCCCAGCUGCAGAAUCCUUCAGGGCACACAAACUGCUGCAAUAGCGAAAAGAAUGGUGACUUUGGUCAACAGAUCAAGAUAUUAGACCAGAAAAUUGAAAGAGUUGCUGAAGCUACCAGAAUGUUGAAUGGGCGACUGGACAAUGAAUUUGACCACCUCAUGGUGCCAGAACCAGAGAUGGACUUUGAUGCAAGAUGGAAUGAGCUAGAUGCCAGGAUCAAUGUGACAGAGAAGAACGCAGAAGAACAUUGCUUUUACAUUGAGGAAACCCUCCGGGGGACCAUUAAUGGAGAGGUAGAUGAAUUGAAGCAACUUCUGGACCAGAAAAUACACUCUCUGGAAGACCGUCUGGGGAGCGCUCUUCUGGAGCUUGCCAACAGCACUGAUACGGAAUUCACUCUCUCAGGCUCAGCAAUACCAGGUGUGUCCAGAUCAGGGAAUGAACAGGUCAUGACUGAAUUAAACCACUUGAAGGAUAAAGUUCAAGUUGUUGAGGAUAUUUGCCUACAAAACUUCCAAGGAGAGCCUCAUGGGACAGAAGGUAUUUUGCCACAUGGGGAAGGUGACACAGUGGGUGAUGACAGUUCAAAGCUUUUGAAAUCUCUAAAUGACACAAUGCACAGGAAGUUUCAGGAAACUGAACGCAGUAUCCAGAAACUUCAACAGGACUUUAGUUUCCUUUAUUCUCAACUAAAUCACACAGAAAAUGAUGUGGAUCUUCUUCAGGAUGAGAUGAAUAAUUGUCGAAGAGGUACAAAUGCUGAAGAGGGUGGUUUUACUCAGGGGGGCGAGCAAAAAAGGACAGGUGAGACGUUCCCAUUUCCACAGGUUCCCGAGAUGCAUUGCUGCAGUCUACUGGAGGAGAAGUUGCAGAGGCUACAGAGCCAGGUCCUUACUGACCUGGACACUUGUAAAGAGAACACACAAGGUGUCCAGACGGAGGUCUCUCUGGUUGAGGGCAGGGUGUCUCAGAUGGAGAAAACAUGCAGUAAACUAGAUUCCAUCUCAGGAAGUCUUCACAGGAUCAAGGAAGGGCUCAACAAGCAUGUGAGUAGUCUGUGGAACUGCAUCAGGCAGAUGAAUGGGACACUCCACUUGCAUUCCAGAGACAUUUCUGGCUUGAAGAAUUCUGUCCAGCAGUUCUACAGCCACGUUUUCCAGAUUUCUACUGACCUGCAAGAUCUGGUCAAAUUUCAACCACCAGCAAAAGUUCCCCAGUUGCCGCCCCGAGGGAAGGGCCCGCAGGUGCCCAGCAGGCUGCCCGAGGACACCACUGAGCCAACUCAUCCGAAGCUGACUCCCACCCCGCUACCAAGCCCCAGUGGCCCACCGUCUUCCGAGGACCCAGGACAGCGCCCCGUGCUGCCCAAGAGGCCCCUGUUGCCGCAGCCCCCCAAAGGGAUGCUGCCCCCACCAGCGUGGCCUGGCUGGACAGGUCUGCCCGUGCUGCCUGGGUCUACGGGAGUCAUCAUGGAGACUGGAGAGGCUGGGCCUCCGGGCCGAAUGGGCGUAUCUGGCAGGGGCCUGCCCCAAGGGGUUGAUGGUCAAAUGGGACAGGCGGCCAUCCCCAGCUCUGAAGGCUACGCAGGUGCACCAGGAUACCCCAAAUCACCUCCUGUAGCUUCUCCGGGGCCCUCGGUGCCUCCUCUGGUGUCCUUUUCGGCUGGGCUUACACAGAAACCUUUUCCCAGUGAUGUGGGUGUUGUCCUCUUCAACAAGGUGCUGGUGAAUGAUGGGGACGUCUAUAAUCCCAAUACUGGGAUCUUCACAGCUCCUUACGAAGGGCGCUACCUGAUCACCGCCACCCUCACUCCUGAGAGAGACACCUACGUAGAAGCAGUCCUGUCUGUCUCCAACGCUAGCGUGGCUCAGCUGCACACGGCAGGGUACAAGAGGGAGUUUCUGGAAUACCACCGGCCCCAAGGGGCCCUCCACACAUGCGGGGGCCCCGGGGCCUUUCACCUCAUCGUGCACUUGAAGGCUGGGGAUGGCGUCAACAUUGUGGUGACUGGGGGCAGGCUGGCUCAGACAGACUUUGAUGAGAUGUACUCCACAUUCAGUGGGGUGUUCUUAUACCCUUUCCUUUCCCACCUCUAG